CCGGACGGGUUCGGACCGGACUCGAUGGAGACUCUCAGUUACCGAGCUGACGCCGAACUUCACGGGGCGCUGCUCAAACACAAGGACCGGGAACCGGAGACCAAGGACUCCGAGUCCAACUAUGUGGACCUGGACCUGAAGCCGGACGGGCCGACGGUGAGGGUGACUUUCACCGGGGACAGAGACCAGCUGUCCGUCUCUUCGAGGACAGGUGACAGAAACCCCGCCUCACACGAGGACAAGGAGGACACCGUCCUCCCCGAACUUCCCGACCCGGACUCGGAGAAGCGGACCGAGCUGGACUCGGGCGACGAGCUCCGAUACACGGACAUGUGCUUAAACAGCAAGGCAGCGUCCGACGAUGGAACCACGGUGUGGGCGCGCUGGGACACGGCGGAGGACGAGUCCCACUACAUCACCACGCACGAGAUCCAGCUCACGGAGCUCGACCACGACGUGGACUACGACCUGGGCCGCGGCACGCGCUGGGACUUCGAGGACGGGAACCUGGUCUACUCCUUUGUGGAUUACGCGUCUUUUGACAGCGGCGACCCCCAAGGGGGGGAGGAGGAGGAGGAGGAGGGGGGCACCCCGACCCCGGAGGAGGUGCGGGCUAAUCUUGGCAGAGCGGCUGUCAGCACCGAGCAGGAGGACAGCGAUCUGUACAGCUCGGAUGAGAGCCUGUGCAGGAACCAGAACCGGAACCCGGCGGGGGAAAUCCACUUGUCCAUCCAGACCUCCCCGGGGGCCGGGACCGAGGCCCAGGGCACCUGUUGGCACACGCACCAGCUCACAGACAGCAGCCACCUGGUGAGCUCUGGCUCCAGAGGGGGGCCCCUGGUGGACCGGGCUCCAUAUUUCAUCCCGGCUCCGGGCCGGCAGCACCGGGCCUCCAAACUGAGGAGGAGAGACAUCAAUGAGUAUUCCAGCGGGGCCUCCAGCUCCUUCAGCGAGCUGGAUGAUGCUGACAAGGAGGUGCGGAACCUGACCGCCAGGUCCUUCAGGAGCCUGGCCUGUCCGUACUUUGACGCCAUCAACCUGAGCACCUCCAGCGAGUCCUCGGCCCCAGACUGUGGACUCAACAAGUGGUCUGCCUAUGUGGACUGGAGCUACGACAGAGAGCUGGAGAUGAGCAGAGCUGCAGCUGGAGGGGACGGAGAUGCUCGGAGCAGAGCUUCCAGGAGAGUCAGCUCCAGGCAAGCAGCACCUUCAGGUCCAAAGGGCCAAAUGAGAGAGCAGCGCGGAGUCACGCUCAGCUUCCGCUGCACAGGAGCCAAAUGUGCCCAGAACGUGAGACCGGACCAGGCCACGUCAGACGGAGCGGGUGACACGCACAAGCGGGCGAUCUUUGCUUCCAGCCUCUUGAAAAACGUCAUCUCCAAAAAGAUGCAGUUCGAGCACGAGCGCAAAAUGGAGAGGGGGGAAAUCUGCGACUCCCACCCCUCCGGGUCGCCCUGUCCCAACACGAAAGAUCUGGAGAAGAGUCUGAGUGCAGGCCUGCAGAGGCAAACCUCUGGAUCAGCUGAUGAUCAGAACCCAGAAGGAGGCAGGUCCAGCUCCUGCACUGAGGAGACAAAAGAUCCAGAGACUGUCCUGGGGGGUGCGCUGGAUCCACCAGAAGCUGAGCCUGAUCUCUCCAAAGGCUCAGACAGCAGCAGCGUGCUGACAAAACUCCUCUUUGUUCCCAGCUGCCAGCUGUUGUCGUCCACGGACAGGAACUGUACGGACACAACACGUGACGCAGCUGCACCUGCACGUGGAAAAGACACGAUGAAGGUGGAGGAAGGGCACGAGAAGGGAGGGAAAACCCCCGAGAUCAAAAUCCGCCUGACAAACGAGAACAGGGGCUGCACACUGAAUAUUGCAAAUCUCUUGACCCCUAAAAUAAGUUAUGACGUCCACAAGUUCAGGGCAGCAGAGGACAGCAGAUGUCCUGUUGUGUCUGCGGCGGAGAAGGUCCCAAACUUCUCUGUGAGAGACAUCAGAGACACCAGGUGCAGGUUGCAAGCACCCAUCUACCACGUCAGGGACGUGCGCAAGUUAGUCAAAAGCUCGUAUCGCUUCGUUUCUCUGAAUAGGAGUGGGAGUAAAAACUGCACAGCUCUGGGGAAACUUGAGGAGAAAGCCCAAGUGGAGCCGGCGCCUCCCAUGGUGAUUAAAUGCAACUCUGUUAAAACAAAAGCUUCAGAGGUGGACGCCCCGUCGGAGCCGUCCCAAAGUGAAAACACGCCUUCGCUUCGUGUCUCCAGCAGGACGAAGCAGGCGAACCCAGAUCAGGCCGAGCUGCAAACACAUCUGGAGGUCAAACCGGCGAAACAGAGGUCGGACAAGAGGAGCAACGACGUCACCGCCCCGAAACAGGAGGCGCUGGAGAAAAUCAAGGCCGCCGUGAAAACGAUGGAGCAGCUGUACGUUUUCGACAGGAACGAGUGGAGGCGUAAGAGCCAAAGCUCUCGCCCAGUCACAGACGUGAUGUCGCUUCCCUCCAGGGAUGAGCAGGCGAGUCCUCAGGCCACAGAAACAGGAAAGACUCACGAAGAGAAAAGAGCCCCGGACAUCAUCCAUGUCCCGUAUAACAGAGACACGUUUAAAACACACACACCCCCGAGUUUCACCAACAAGAGCGUCCUUCACUGCAGCGACGACAGACAUCAUGGAGACGUGAAGCCCGACAGAGAUCCUCCGAGCUCCACGGCCUCUGCAGCUCCGCUCUCAGUAAAAGCAGAGCCAGAAAAGACCCAGACGAGUUGUAGCAGUAAAGUUGCACAGGUCUGCUCAGACUCUGAGAACUACCUGACGAUACCAGGACUGGGGGCUUCAAAUGAACCCAAGCUGCUGGUUCCCAGUGAGCAGACCGAGUACCCCGCUGCUACCUUCUACCAUCACCAUCCAACAGGAGCAACAAGUCCUCACAAGCAGCAGGUGGUGUACUUCUCCCCGUCUGUCCCCAAUGCGUCCCCCACCCCGUCUACAGGGGACAAAGUCCCACAAAUCCAGCGCAAGAUGCUCCUGGACCCCUCAACUGGACGUUAUUACUUGGUGGACACUCCCAUUCAGGCCACCACCAAGAGACUGUUUGACCCAGAGACGGGCCGCUAUGUGGAUGUACCCAUGCCUCAAUCACCUGUGACCCCCAUCACACCUGUGCCCCUCCCUCUGUCCCCUCUGGCUCUCAGCCCGGGAGCGUACACCCCCACCUACAUGAUCUACCCUGGGUUCAUCCCCUCGCCCACCUUAGCAGCACAGGCAGUGACGCCACAGUCCCCCUGCCGCCUGGAGGACGUAGCAGCUGCGACAGCUGGGGACAACGUGAAGCUGACGAGCCACGCACCAGAGAAAGCCUAUUACAGCGCAACGGAUGGAGCUCCUCAGGGGGGGCCGCUUCACCUGCCUGCCAGUUUGGGACACGUGACCAGCAGAGGAGGCGGAGCGAGCUGCGGCAGAAAGUCACUCAUCAGCAUCACAACGCAGCAGGGUCCAAGAAUCAUCGCUCCCCCCUCCUUUGAUGGGAAAACUAUGAGCUUCAUAGUGGAGCACCGGUGACCAAGAGGAGUUCUCUCCACAAAACAUAUCUCUGCUGAGGAAUCUGCCUUCGCUCACUGUAAGUGCAGUGUCCCCCCG